AUGGUUAGGGAAUACUCUGAUACAUGGCUCGAGUUUGAGAAAGGCUUAGGAGGAGCACGGCCGGUGCUGUCAGGGACACCAGAAGAGAUGAGGGUUCAGUAUAGAGCACUUGGUGAUGCUCUCGAGCAGUCGUGGCCAGCUAUUCCCGAAACUGUAGUGGUUGUUGACGACAAGGUCUCCCAGAUUAAGCUACGCAUAUUUAUGCCCCCUCAUUCCGGUGGGCCUGCUCCCUUGGGAGUAUAUUAUCAUGGUGGAGGGCUCGUCAUUGGGCCUUCAAAGGGUGAUGAUGUCCUGUGCGGCACUCUCGCUCAUGCCACCGGUUCAAUCAUCGUCAGUGUGUGUUAUCGCCUGUCGCCGGAACAUAAGUCUCCUGUCCACCUACACGAUGCUAUUGAGGCAUUCAAAUGGGCAUUUGACAAUGCAGCCCGACUAGGUGCCGAUGCCACCAAACUAUUUACAUUUGGCUCCUCUUCUGGUGGUAUGCUGGCCCUCGCAACGGCACGCCAGAUCAGGCUAUCUCGAACCGGGCUGCCCUCGCAUGCAGUGAAGGGCGUUGUCGCUCUGUGUCCCGUCACUAUACAUCCGGAGGCAGUGUUUCGACCACCGGAGCACCGCUCGUUGGAAGAAAAUGCAACGGGCAUUCCACUAGUGGACAAAGCCGCAUUGGUAACGUUCAGCAAUGCAGCUGGUCUUCAUCCUACAGAUCUGGAUUACUUCACGUUGCUGGAUCGUGAUAGCCACAAACUAUUCCCGCCUACUUAUAUUGCAACAUGCGAGUUUGAUCCACUACGAGACGAUGGUAUUGUGUUGGAAGAAUACCUGAGACUUGCUGGCGUUCCUAUUAAGAGGGAUCACUAUGACAAUAUGCCGCACGUCUUCUUUAAUGUGCCUACACUCCCAGAGACAUUUGGUAUCUUCAUGGAGAAUACUAUACGGGGCAUUGAAUGGGUCAUAAGCCAACUUUGA